AUGGCUGAAGCGAUAGCAGCAAUCUCUAUCGCGGCCAACAUCGUCCAAUUCGUUGACUUCACUGCCAAGAUCCUCAGUGCCAGCCACAGAAUCAAAGGUUCGGGAUUUAGAGAUAAUGACUGGAUGGCAAUUGUCGUGAAAGACUUGCAAAAGGUGUCGAGUGGACUCAAAUCUCCGCUGGUACAGGAGAAUGGAAGGUUUCCGACCGACAACGACAUGGAAUUGCUUCAUCUCGCCAAACAGUGCGAUGAGAUCGCUUCCGACUUACUUACGACAUUAAAGAGUCUUGAAAUUAACGUGAAAAAUCUUGCUGAUAGGAGUGAUGUAACGCGCCAAAAGUCUAAACGCGUCCAUGUGGCUUGGGCAAAUUUUCGUACAGCUUUGAAGACGGUGUGGAAAGAAGACGAGAUUAUUCAGCUGGAGAAAAGGAUUGAGUCAUUCCGACAGCAACUCAUACUUCGAAUCUUGGUGUCAUUGAGAGAUGAGAUCAAAGAAUCACAACCUGCUCAAGCUGAACCGCAAAACAAUGUGCAUAUUCUUGACAAGCCUGCACUCGGUGUUGGAGAACAAUUCUUGGGAUAUAUCGAAGAGAGCAAGCGCUGGCAGACAGACUUGAUCAAUGCAAUCCACCAACAUUCAUCGACUGCGGGAGAAAGAAGCGUAGAGACCGUCACUGCAAUCGAUCUGAAGCGAGACGAACGACUGUGGAAACAGAUCUUAGAAAGGCUGAGAUUCGCGGAGAUGACUGACCGUCGAGAUCGAAUCGUCGAGGCGCAUAAUAAAACCUUCAGAUGGAUUUUUGACGCCCCUGGUUCUGCCGAGAAUAUGGCCACCGUUUGGCCUAGUUUCUCGGACUGGCUAAGAAAUGGAUCUGGGCUCUACUGGAUCGCCGGCAAAGCUGGCUCUGGCAAGUCCACGUUGAUGAAGUAUAUUUAUGAUAACACUCGCACUGUUCAGCUCCUUCAAGAAUGGUGUGGCGAGUCCGACUUGACUGUUGCAUCCUUCUACUUUUGGAACUCUGGAGUUGAUAUGCAGAUGUCAGAGAUGGGACUUCUGCGAUCGAUCCUGCUACAAUUGCUCACGAAGCACAAGGAAUUUAUUCCUCGACUGUUCCCAGGACGUUGGGAGGCAUAUGUACUUUUUGGUAAUGAUCCAAGUUCCUGGUCUCUCAGAGAGUUGAGAAAAGCAUUAAGUCUUUUGAGCCAUGAGGCUCCGGAUGCCACCAAAUUUUGCUUUUUUGUAGACGGGCUUGACGAGUUUGAUGGAGACCACUCGGAGCUUAAUGACCUUUUCAAGACUCUAGCGUCCUUUUCCCACAUCAAAGUAUGCGUUUCUAGUCGGCCAUGGAACGUGUUUGAGGACGAUUUCGGUGUCAAGUCGUGCCUAAUGUUGCAAGAUCUCACCUACCAAGACAUCAAGCUUUUCGUUGACUCUAGAUUCGACGAAGAUCAUGGGUUUUCUGAACUCGAGAUUCGGGAGCCAAGUUAUGCUGCUGAACUUAAAGAAUCUGUUGCUAGGAAGGCCGAAGGUGUGUUUCUAUGGGUCUCUCUUGUAGUCAGGUCUCUACUCGCUGGGAUGGUGAACGGCGACCGAGUCUGUGAUCUCGAAAGGCGACUUGACUUACUCCCCCCGAACCUUGGUGAUUUAUACGAAAAGAUGCUGCAAAGCCUUGAUCCUUUUUAUUACGCGCAUGCUUCGCAGCUAUUCCAGAUGGCUCACGAAGCAUCACCUCCGUUAAGCUUGUUAACAUAUUCAUUUGCGGAUGAGGAGCCAGAUUUCGUGUUCAAGUGUCCAGUACGAUGCUUGACUGAGAAGGAACAGUUUCUGAGGCUCGAUGUAAUGAGGAAGAGGAUAAACAGCCGAUGCAAAGGGUUGCUUGAGGUUCCCCGAGGAUAUCUUGAUUCGCACCACGACACAACGCAAAGUUCCGAAUUCCAGUCCGGGAACUUCUCCAAUGGCCGUGGGAAGGGACCUGUCAAGAAUAUGACAGUUCAGUACCUGCAUAGAACCGUCAAGGAUUUCUUAGCACGACCAGACGUCUGGAAUUCAUUGUUAAAAGCGUCUCCUCUAGGGUUUAAACCUCGUCUCAGUAUCUGCAGAGGAUUAGUGGCACAAUUCAAACAUAUGGACCCGGAGAUCUUAGAGCAUGAGUCCUUCUGGACAGGAAUUAAGUCUUGCAUUAAAUAUGCAAAGCCAUAUCAUGACCUAACAGGAAACUUUGUGCUCUUAUUGAAAGAUCUGGAUAAUUCUGCGUCAAAACUUGCAGAAUCAUGCCGGGAAGAUGGGUCCAGUUUCCUUUCACGGUCUUUUGAAAAGACAAUGUCUACUGUUGAAAUUAAAACUCCGUAUCCGCACUGGACAUCAACCUUUUCUGGCUAUAAGGAAGAUAAAGGGCUGACGUUUCUUUCACUAGCAGUACAGCUCAACCUGCAGUAUUUCGUGAAAGCCGAAGUAAAUCGUUCAUGUCUUGUGAUGCAGGACUCUGGCCUCUGGCCGCUGUUGCACGAUGCUGUGACGUACGACAAACAGCUCAUGGAAUUUUUCGAUAUACGCUGGUUUCCAAAUCCCGAAAUGCUAAAGAUACUCCUAGUUAGAGGAGCCAACCCGAAUUGGACUAGGCGGCAUGACGGGACUGGGAGUAUCUUCGAGCACUUACUAGAGAUUUAUACUUCUGCAAAAUCUUCAAAUUCCAUUGGUGCGAGCAAAACAUUUCAUAUAAUCGGGCGUUCUGUAGAUGAAAAGGCAGAAGCGUAUGGGUAUUGUAUAAAGAAGUUCAUUGAGUAUGGAGCAACAUCACCUAAGUACUCAGUGGAAUGCUCUCCAACCCGCUGUGAGGGAGCCCUAGUCAAAAUAGUUCCAAAGAGGAGUCUGAUCCAAUCGUGGUUUGGACCUGGAAAGCAAAUCGACUGCUUAGCUGGUUGGAGAUAUCUGCCUCGCGAGCACGAAUUAUCUGAAACGUCCGGCUUCUGCUUUGUCUUCACAAACUUUUCGUCUAUCGCAGCCCUCGAGGGAGCAGUUCGUUUCGAAUACUUCUGGGUGCGAGCUGGUUGA